CUAACAAUGGUUUUAUUUUGGAAGUAUUCAUUUUCAGACCGGAAGCAGUCGGCUGUCCGUUGCUCAUCGGUCCGGUCAGUGUUGACAGUGCGAUGGAUGAGAGAAACGAUAUAAAAGCAGCUGGAUGUGAUAACUUUAGUCAGUCAUCAUGAAGCUACGUGUUCGCAUCAACCGGCAGACCAGCAGGGUGGAGUUACUGGGAGAAGAUCCCAGUUUGAAGGAGCUCAUAGAUCAUAUCAAGGAGAACAUUUUGUGUUCUCAUGGACUCAGUGCAGAAUCAGAGUUCAGUGUGUCUCUGAACGGCUCAGAGCUUCUGUCAGACGCCGGUCAGACUCUGUCGUCCUGCGGCAUCGUCUCCGGAGACCUGAUCAGUGUCAUCCUGCCUGAAUCUGUAGCUGCUGGCGCCGACCACGCAGAGAACCAGAGAGAAGAGCAGAACCAACAGAACGCUGCCAUGGCGUCCAACCAGCCCAGCAGCAGCGGCGGUGGCGGCGGCGGCGGCAGCAGUGGUGGUGGUGGCAGCACUGCUGCCCUCACAGAGUUGGAGGAGACCCCCGACAUGUUAAACUGUGAACCUUCAGCCUCCAGCUGGGAGCCGAUGCUGUGCAGCGAGGCCGAGGACGGUGAGGCUCCUCUGGCUCUGGAGCUGCUCUACCACUUGGCCCAGGUGACGAGUCCCAGCGAAGCCGUGGUGGUGGCCGGGAACCGCCUGAUGCUGGAGACUGGCUUCAUCCCUCAGUGUGUGUGUUGUGCGUGUGUGCCGGGCUGUGAGCUGAACACCAGUGAGAUGCCUGCAGGGUGGAGGUCAGCGGGUGGAGUCUACAAGCUGCAGUACACCCACCCUCUGUGUGACCGCAGCCUGGUGACAGUGGUGACGGUGUGCAUGGGCCCCGUGCUCGUCAUCAACGCGGUUCUGAAGGUGAACCAAACCGUGGAGACGGUCCGCAAGCUGUGUCUGAACCCCGCCAGCUACGUGACCGACGAGUGGCCAGGAGACGGCGCUGCCGCAGCGUUCAAAGAUCUGAAGAAGCUGUCCCGGAUCUUCAAAGACCAGCUGGCGUACCCGCUGAUCGCUGCAGCCAGAGCAGCCAUGGCUCUGCCGGUGGCGUUCGGUCUGGCUGCUCUUCCUCCAGAACUCCUCCUCAGAGUCCUCAGACUGCUGGACGUCACCUCAGUGGUCAGACUGUCGUCAGUCUGCAGACACUUCAACGUGGCCACGGCCGAUUCCACGCUGUGGAGACACCUGUUCCGCCGAGACUUCACAGAUUCAGAUCCCAACAGACCCAGAGACACAGACUGGAAGGAGCUUUACAAAAGGUUUUAUAAGAUCCGUUAUGACCUCCGACGCGCUCGCCAUCAUUCCCUCCCUCCUUUCCUCCGACACCCCCGAGACAUCUUCCAACCCGCCCCCCUCCACCCGCCGCUGCCCGGGAUCAUCGGGGGCGAGUACGACCAGAGACCCAACCUCCCGCACGGCCUCUUCCCCCGACCUCGCCACGACCCCAUUGGUCCUCAUCGAGACCACGACAGACGACCUGUGACCGACUCGCGCAGGUUCAGACCGAUGGGAGGACGACCCGCAGACGUGCGGCGAGGUUUCAUCUGACGAUUGUUCUUCUGCAGAAAUAAAACAUGUGAACAGCA